CGAGCGUCAUGCCGUUGUUAUCCAUUCCUCUGAUGCGGAUGGCUGUGCAGUAGCUCUCCACAAGAACAAUUUAAACCCGGAGCAGCACACAAAACGACCGCCUCUUUCGGUGCCAACAAAAUGCAGAAGCAAGUGGAGGUCAAGAUGGACGGGAGCCACCUUGAGCCCGUAGUGGAACCUUCUGACAGCAUGUGUAGCAGCCUGUGUGAUAAAAUCAUGAAGAACAUGGUUCUCACUCUCACAAUCUUGGGUGUGUUUCUGGGCUCCAUCUCUGGAAUGCUGCUGCGGCACAUAUCGCCCCUCCCCCCCGACGUCGUUUUGAUCAUCGCCUUCCCUGGAGAGAUCCUAAUGAGGAUGCUGAAGAUGCUCAUUUUGCCUCUUGUUGUUUCCAGUCUGGUCACAGGUCUGGCAGGUUUGGAUGCCAAAUCCAGCGGCCGCUUGGGAACCAGGGCCAUGGUGUACUACAUGUCUACCACGGUUAUCGCCGCCGUCCUGGGAGUGAUCCUGGUGCUGCUCAUCCAUCCCGGUAACCCCAAGCUGAAGGCCAACCUGGGCCAGGGAAAGAAGAACGACGACGUGUCCAGCGUGGACGCUCUCUUCGAUCUCAUCCGAAAUCUAUUCCCGGAGAAUUUGGUGCAGGCCUGCUUUCAGCAGAUCCAAACAGUAACCACCAAAGUGCAAGUGCCCACUAACAGAACCAAAGCACCCCCACAGUUCACAGUGAAGAGGUCGCUGCAGUUCAAGGGAGGGAUGAACGUCUUAGGUUUGAUUGGAUUCUUUGUCGCUUUUGGAGUAAUUAUGGGCAAAAUGGGGGAAAGGGCCAAGCCGAUGUUGGAGUUUUUCAACGUCCUGAAUGAGAUUGUUAUGAGGCUGGUUGGAGCCAUUAUGUGGUACUCCCCCUUUGGAAUCGCCUGCCUCAUCUGUGGAAAGAUCAUCUCCAUCGCGGACUUGGAGGUGGUGGCCAGGCAGCUGGGCAUGUACAUGGUCACCGUGAUCGUGGGCCUGAUCAUCCACGGGGGCAUCUUUCUGCCGCUCAUAUAUUUUGUGAUAGUAAAGAAGAAUCCCUUCACCUUCUUCAUGGGGAUAUUCCAAGCUUGGGUCACGGCACUCGGAACAGCGUCCAGCGCCGGCACCUUGCCCGUCACAUUCCGAUGCUUGGAGGAGAACCUGGGCAUCGACAAGAGGGUCACCCGCUUCGUCCUCCCGGUCGGCGCCACCAUCAACAUGGACGGCACGGCGCUCUACGAGGCUGUCGCCGCCAUCUUCAUCGCUCAGAUGAACGGGAUUAACCUCGACUGGGGCCAGAUCAUCACUGUCAGCAUGACAGCCACUCUGGCCAGCGUCGGAGCGGCCAGUAUCCCCAGUGCCGGCCUCGUCACCAUGCUUCUGAUCCUCACGGCGGUGGGGCUGCCCACUCAGGACAUCAGCCUCCUGGUCGCUGUCGACUGGCUGCUGGAUCGCUUCCGUACCUCCGUCAACGUGGUCGGGGACUCCUACGGAGCCGGCAUCGUGUACCACCUCUCCAAGCACGAGCUGGACUCCUUCGACCAGCAGGCCCGGAUGGAGGAGUUUGAGAUGGCAAAGACACAAUCCUUCUACGAAAAUAACAGCAACCAGAAUGCAUACGCGCACCACAACUCAAUCUCGAUAGACGACUGCAAGGUCACCAACGGCAAAAUUGGCAACCCGGCAGGGUUCUCUCUUGUUGAGGAGGGGCCGUGGAAAUGCGAGUAAGGCAGACCCAGACGCUGCCGCGCCUUACCCACCCACCCCCCCCC